CCUCGUCUUCACGUCUCCCACCGCCAGCCCCUCUAGGAAAGGAUACAUUCGACACCUCCUUACCAAAUCUUCAGCGGCCAAUGCGCUACUAGUUCAUUCCCCAACAAAACCACAGCUCCGACCGCAUCAAAACCCCUCCAAUUCUCCCCCACUUCGCACCGCAACCAUGCUCUUCUUCAGCUUCUUCAAGACCCUUACCAACCAAACGGUGACCAUCGAACUCAAGAACGACAUUCGCAUCCGCGGCACUCUCAAAUCCGUCGACCAGUACCUGAACAUUAAGCUGGAUGAUGUCGACGUUCUGGAUCUGGAUAAAUACCCGCAUUUGUCGUCUGUGAAGAACAUGUUCAUCCGUGGUAGUGUGGUGCGGUAUGUUAUGCUGCCGAGGUCGGAGGUCGAUAUUGGGCUUUUGGAGGAUGCGACGAGGAGAGAAGCUGCGAACCAGGCUGGCAAAGCUCGGUGAUUUCGCUUUGAUAGAUGGAUUGUUGCUUUGUUCGUUGGGUUUCUUCUACGGAUGGGAUUAAAGUUUUCUUUUAUGUAUUUUUUCUUUCUAUUUCUUCUUUGAUUUGCAGAUUUAAUCUUCACGAUGUGAUGAUAUUUGUCGUUGUCAUGCGGGUUUCACUUUUCAUUAUGUUGCUGAUAUCCAUGGUUAAACAUGGCGGAGAGAGAGAGAAAGAUAGAGAGGAGGAGGGUCUGCGUGGAUGCAAAGCAUGGGGCCAGAGCAGAUUGGCUGGACGGAGUACUACUCCUUCGAUUGGGGCUGAUUUACGGUGCUCGCAAUUGCAGAUGCUGAAUGAUGGUGAUGAUGAUAGGCACACCUGCAUACUACAUCUACUGACUACUAGAAAGUACAUGUCAGUGGGAGGACGAAUAGGUUUACUGGGUAAAGCUCUGCUGGACACAUGAUAAAAUGAAAAAGAACGGUGUAUGCGGA